GGGUGACUUGGACACUUGGUACGAUAAAGGCGAGGGGACGAGGACUUCAAAAAGCCUCCAAAGCAAAACAGUUUAGGCCAGAGAGAAAUCGAAUGGAGAGUUCUAAAGGAGGAGCCUUUCCUGCUCAUAGCCCUUUCCUCCGAUCAUCUGUUAUCUUCGUUCAGGUAAGAAUUUGAUAAAAUUGAAGAUCCAUGAUGGUGACAAGAAGUAAGAGUUCAGGCCUAUUAAAGAUUGUAGAGGAGAGGUUAUUGAAGAGGAAAAUAGAGGAAGAGGAAAAGCGAGCACAACUGUCAUAUAUCCCAAAGGACUGUAUCUCAAACAUCCUUGCACGACUUCCUGCUGAUUCUCUUCAACGGUUGAGGUUUGUAUGCAAACCAUGGUAUAAUAUAGUUAAAAACCCCAAAUUCAUUGAUGCUCAUCUUCAACGAUCUGAAUCUGUUUUGGUUUUCUUAACACCAGUCGGGAAGAAAAAUUUGCACCUUAUAUCUAGGAAGGUAAAAAUGGGAGAAAAGGAAAGGUUGUACCCUGAUCCUAUGACAUCUACCCUACAGGAGACACGAAACACAGUACCAGUUGAAUCAAAACUUCUUGACCCAAAUAGUCUCCCUAUUUUCGGUCACCCAGCCUUGAAUUCUCCAACAAACUGUGUUCAGUUUAUACGAUUUGAAAAUGGUGAGUGUGACAUUGGAGAAUACAGUUUAUGUUGCUUGAGCGAUAACAUCAAAGCCACCUGCAAUGGUUUAAUAUUACUUGACAACAAAUUGAAGAAGGGAGGAGUUAUAGUUUUGAAUCCUGUGACUAAGAAGAGGAUUGCACUUCCAUUGGGUACCUUGCCCCUUCGUCGAUAUGAAGAAUCAUAUGGUUUUGCAAUGAGCGAUGUAACUGGUGAGUUUAAAAUAGUCCACUUAUUUUUGGAUGAGUUGGGCAAUGCUCAUUGUGAGAUCCUUGGCCCCUAUAAGAAAACAUGGCGAGGGGUCAACUUUCCUUCAUUCGGACUCUUUCGUAAUGGGUUUGGACUGACACCUGUUUCACUAAUCGGAGCUUUGCACUGGAUUCCUCAUUUUGAGCGAAGCAAUUAUAUAGUGUCCAUGGAAGUUGAGAAGGAGAAGUUUCACCAAACACCUCUCCCUUUAGGUGGCGGAUUUCAUGAUAGGAUUAUUGAAAUUGGUGGCUCGAUAGGUUUUGUCACUCAGGAGGAGACCUGCAUUGACAUUUGGAUCUUGAAGGGUUUAUUUGGGGAGGGAUGGUCAAAGCAACACACUAUCACACUGGAUACCAUAACACGCAUGGUUCCCCUUUGCAGUUUAAGAAUCAAGGGAAAUAUUAUUUUCCGUAGAGAGAAAGGCAGCUCUAUCUAUUCUUAUGACUUUGAACAACAACAGAUGACAAAGAUUGGGAAGGUUAAUCCUUCUGUUUCAUACCUGCCUCAUGUCAAUAGCCUUGUAACUUGGAUGCAAGCAACUGCGGACAUCUUUGACUGACUCACUGCAAUUGAGGAUCAACUGGAGAUGAAAACCUUUUUCUUUUGAAGAAAAUCAAAUAAAUUUCAGUAUAGGACUCACUGGAAUUUGAAGGAGUGAUACUGGAGAAGAUUCACAAUACAAUCCGGUGGAUUAUCCUCCAAAUUAGAGGCAUAGUUAUCUUUUAAGGCUAGCAGCUAAAC